GUGAUUUUUUCUUUGAGGUCGCUUUUCCUGCCUCCGUUUACCCCAUCGGGGCUCGUCAUUAUCCACAAAUCUCAAUUAUAUGACGUUUGUGUAAUUUGCAAUGUAAUUUUACUCCCAAUCACCUUCCUUCUGCCUUUUUUCGCUUCCCAGAAGACAAAUCAGAUUCCUCCGUGGGGCUACUUUUUCCCCUUAAAAUGCAAAAUCUCUGCCCCACUUCUCUUCAAAAAGCAAAAUAUGAAGAGGCCUUACUAUUUUAUUCUGUCCCUGGCUUCCCUUCCCUAUCCUAAUUUUAGGCAGCGUGUGGCUGAGGACAUUAAGAACUAUUUCAACUUGGCCUCAGUAGAUGAAGCUCUGUUGGAAGUGUGCAGAAUAUUGGAUAGAGGCCUGUAUUAUCUAAGAUUUCUGUACAAAUGUCAGGUAUGACAGAAGUUAAAGACUCCAGGAGAGAUGUCUUGUUUCUACUGGGUGGGUAAGAACAAGAAUCUUGGAGUUGGAUACACCUGACCUGCCUGUAAAAGCUGUUUAUGUCCUUGGGCAGGCUAUUUCAUCCCUUUAUGCUACAAUUUCCUUAAAUAUAACGUAGAUGUGGUAAAAUUCAAUUCAUAGGGCUGUUGAGUGUGUCACAUGAGCUGAUACUUCAGCGUGUCUCUGGCGUGGUGCCUGAAGAAGACACUCCCUAUGCCACCAGUACUGUUCCACCUUUUGUGUUCUCAUAAUACCCUUUAGUCUUAUCGGGCAAGGCAUGCUACUUAGCCUUGGUUGAUUUUCCCAGGCCUUCCCUGAUUUUUUUCUUCUACAGGGGCAUCUUUGACCCAGAGAAUAUAUCAGAGCUUUCGCUCCAACCUGCUUCAGGGUCAAGUCGAACUCUCCUGUUGCUUUUCCUCACUGGAGAGAACUACCAUUCAUUGAGCUCCUGCUGUGUGCCACAUAUUUUUAUGUUUUAUUUAAUGCAACCAUCCUAGGAGCCCCUCAACUUUGGCCAGAAUGGAGCAGCCGAAGGGGGUUGAUUGGACGGUCAUCAUCCUGACAUGCCAGUACAAGGACAGCGUCGAGGUCUUCCAGAGAGAGCUGGAGAUACGGCAGAAGCGAGAGCAGAUCCCCGCCAGGACGCUGCUGUUGGCCGUGGAAGACCCUGAGGUUCAUGUGGGCAGUGGAGGAGCCACCCUCAACGCCCUGCUGGUGGUUGCUGAGCACCUGAGUGCCCGUGCGGGCUUCACUGUGGUCACAUCAGAUGUUCUGCACUCGGCCUGGAUCCUCAUCCUGCACAUGGGCCAAGACUUCCCCUUCGAUGACUGUGGCCGGGCCUUCACCUGCCUCCCUGUGGAGAACCCCCAGGCCCCUGUGGAGGCCGUGGUCUGCAACUUGGACUGCUUGCUGGACAUCAUGAGCCAUCGGCUGGGCCCAGGCUCCCCGCCAGGCGUGUGGGUUUGCAGCACCGACAUGCUGCUGUCUGUUCCUCCAAACCCAGGGAUCAGCUGGGACGGCUUCCGGGGAGCCAGAGUGAUCGCCCUUCCGGGGAGCACGGCCUAUGCCCGGAACCAUGGUGUUUACCUCAUGGACUCCCAGGGCUUCGUUUUGGACAUUUAUUACCAAGGCACUGAGGCAGAGAUACAACGAUGUGCCAGGCCUGAUGGGCGGGUGCCACUGGUUUCUGGGCUUGUCUUCUUCUCUGUGGAAACUGCUGAGCACCUCCUGGCCACCCAUGUGAGCCCGCCUCUGGACGCCUGCACCUACAUGGGCUUGGACUCCGGAGCCCGGCCUGUCCAGCUGUCUCUAUUUUUUGACAUCCUGCUCUGCAUGGCCCGGAACGUGAGAAGGGAGGACUUCCUGGUGGGGCAGCCCCCAGAGAUGGGGCAAGGUGAUGCAGACAUCGCAGGUUAUCGGCAUGGAGCCCGGGCUGAGCUGUGGAGGGAGCUUCGGGAUCAGCCCCUCACAGUGGCAUAUGUCCCUGACGGCAGCUACAACUACAUGACCAACUCAGCCAGUGAGUUCCUGCACAGUCUCACAUUCCCGGGGGCUCCUGGGGCCCAGGUCGUGCACUCCCAGGUGGAGGAGCGGCAGCUACUGGGGGCCGGGAGCUCUGUGGUCAGCUGCCUGCUGGAGGGCCCCGUCCAGCUGGCUCCUGGGAGUGUCCUGCAGCACUGCCACCUGCGGGACGCCUGCCCGCUCCCCUGCCAGGGCCCCAUUCACAUCGGCACCGGCUGCUUCGUGAGUGGCCUGGACGUGGCCCAGUCCGAGGCACUGCACGGCUUGGAGCUGCACGACCUCGUCCUGCAGGGACACCAUGUGCAGCUGCACGGCACCCGCAGCCGGGCCUUCACCCUCGUUGGCCGUCUCGACAGCUGGGAAAGACAGGGGACAGGAACGUAUCUCAACAUGUCUUGGAGUCAGUUCUUCCAGAAGACAGGCAUUCGGGACUGGGACCUGUGGGACCCAGACAUGCCCCCCAUUGAGCGCUGCCUUCUCAGUGCCCGUCUCUUUCCCGUGCUCCACCCCUCGAGGGCCCUGGGGCCCCAGGACAUGCUGUGGAUGCUGGACCCCCAGGAGGCUGGGAGCAAGGCCCUGCGGGCUUGGCGAGCCUGCUGGCGUCUGUCAUGGGAGCAGCUGCAGCCGUGCCUGGAUCGGGCUGCCACACUGGCCUCCCGCCGGCACCUGUUCUUCCGCCAGGCCCUGCAUAAGGCGCGGCACGUGCUGGAGGCCCGACAGGACCUCAGCCUGCGCCCGCUGAUCCAGGCUGCUGUGCGCGAGGGCUUUCCUGGGCCCCUGAUGGCCACCCUGGACCAGGUGGCAGCUGGUGUGGGAGACCCUGGCGUGGCAGCCCGGGCACUGGCCUGUGUGGCGGAUGUCCUGGGCUGCAUGGCAGAGGGCCAAGGAGGCUUACGGAGUGGGCCAGCUGCCAACCCUGAGUGGGUGCGGCCCUUCUUGUACCUGGAGUGUGGAGACCUGGCGCGGGGCGUGGCGGCGCUUGCCGAGGAGCGGGACAAGUGGCUGAGCAGACCAGCCUUACUAGUACGAGCUGCCCGCCACUACGAGGGGGCUGGGCAGAUCCUGAUCCGCCAGGCUGUGAUGUCAGCCCAGCACUUUGUCUCCUCGGUGCCGGUAGAGCUGCCAGCACCUGGGCAGUGGGUGGUGGCUGAGUGCCCGGCUCGAGUGGACUUCUCUGGGGGCUGGAGUGACACGCCACCCCUUGCCUAUGAGCUUGGUGGGGCAGUGCUGGGCCUGGCUGUGCGAGUGAAUGGCCGCCGGCCCAUUGGGGCCAGGGCUCGCUGCAUCCCAGAGCCCGAGCUGUGGCUGGCAUUGGGACCUCGGCAGGACAAGAUGGCCACGAAGAUAGUAUGCGGGAGCCUGGAUGACCUGCAGGAUUACUGCCAGCCCCAUGCCCCAGGGGCGCUGUUGAAGGCGGCCUUCAUCUGUGCGGGGAUCGUGAGUGUCCACUCCAAGCUCUCGCUGAGUGAGCAGCUGCUGUGUACCUUUGGGGGCGGCUUUGAGCUGCAUACCUGGUCUGAGCUGCCCCAUGGCUCUGGCCUUGGCACCAGCAGCAUCCUGGCGGGGGCUGCCCUGGCCGCCUUGCAGCGGGCCGCAGGCCGGGCGGUGGGCACGGAGGCCCUGAUCCACGCAGUGCUGCAUCUGGAGCAGGUGCUUACCACAGGAGGUGGCUGGCAGGACCAAGUGGGUGGCCUAAUGCCUGGCAUCAAGGUGGGGCGCUCCCGGGCUCAGCUGCCGCUGAAGGUGGAAGUGGAAGAGAUCACUGUGCCUGUGGGCUUUGUCCAGAAGCUCAAUGACCACCUGCUCCUGGUGUACACUGGCAAGACCCGUCUGGCCCGGAAUUUGCUGCAGGACGUGCUGAGGAGCUGGUAUGCCCGGCUGCCUGCCGUUGUGCAGAAUGCCCGCAACCUGGUGCGGCACACUGAGGAGUGUGCUGAAGCCUUCCGCCAAGGGAGCCUGCCUCUGCUGGGCCAGUGCCUGGCAUCAUACUGGGAGCAGAAGAAGCUCAUGGCUCCAGGCUGUGAGCCCUUGGCUGUGCGGCGUAUGAUGGAUGCCCUGGCCCCCCACGUGCAUGGCCAGAGCCUGGCAGGGGCAGGCGGCGGGGGCUUUCUCUACCUAUUGACCAAGGAGCCGCGGCAAAAGGAGGCUCUGGAGGCUGUGCUGGCCAAGACUGAGGGCCUCGGAAACUACAGCAUCCACCUGGUAGAAGUGGACACUCAGGGCCUGAGCCUGCAGCUCCUGGGGGACUGAGACCUCAGCCUGAUGCCCCUUCUCAUGAGGCUUGUCCCUCUGCAAGAGGAGAAAGCCUGGAGCUAUAGCAGGCCCUCCCUUCCUUCCCCCAUGGGAGCGCUCAAUCUUCUACUCUCCACCCACUUCUUUGUGAAUCUGCUUCCAAAGGAAGCCAACCUGAGCUCAGGCCCAGCCCCUUCUAAAAGUUGGUGAAGCACAGAUGGUGCUUGGGAACAGGACUGUGACCUCCUGGUUGACAGUGGCCUAGGCUUGGUGUCUGCCCCAUCUGGACACAGGAAGGUCCUAAGUUCAGCGUCCACUGUGACCUUUACAAAUCUGGUGGCCCAGCUUGGGCCUUGGCCUUCUCACUCUCCAUGAGGGGCUGGAAGAAGGGGAUGACAACCAGCCUUGGCAGAUGGCUGGGUUCCCUUGGUAAGGCCGACCCUGAAGAGGCCCUCUGAGGCAUUUCCUAUGGCCUUCCUUAGAGGUCAGGCUUUUGCCUGAGUAGAGACUUCCUGUUCCACACUCACUCCCAAAGCUGACUUAAUGGGGGAGUGGGAACAGGGAUGAGGGUCCACACUCGUGUCUGUGGCAGAGAGCCAGUGCAGUCCUGCAGCAAGUCACUGCUAAUCGUGGCCUUAACCAGCAACUCUGCCAUGUGCCUGUGGGCCGUGAGUUCUCAGGACUGCAAUCUUCUUGGAAUAAAUUCACUCUGCUCUUCAA